AUGUCCCGCUCUUUCUAUGUCGACUCCUUAAUCAUCAAAGACUCCUCGAGGCCGGCUCCCUCCCUGCCUGAGCAUCACCACGGCCAGGACUUCUUCAUCCCUCUCAGCAUGCCUUCCCCCCUCGUCAUGUCGGUGUCGGGCCCGGGCUGCCCGUCCCGUAAGAGCGGUUCUUUCUGCGUCUGCCCGCUCUGUGUCACCUCGCACCUCCACUCCUCCCGCGGCGGCGGCGGUGGCGGCGGCGGCGGCGGUGGCGGCGGGGCCAUCCCCUUACUCAAGAGCCAGUUCCCCGCCGCCGCCGGCGAGGCCCAGUGUUGCCCGCGGGCCGGACACCCUCACCCCCCUCCGCAGCACCCGCCGCCCGCCGCCUCCGUCCCCGCCGCUGCUGCCGCCGCCGCCGCCGCCGCCGCCCUGGGGCACCCGGCGCAUCACCCCCCUGCCUGCGCCGCCACCGCCUACAGCGUCAGCGACCACCGGAGGUUUCACUGCCUCGGCAUGGGAGGGUCCGAUUCCAGCCAAAUUCAAAACGGGAAAAGGAUGAGGACAGCUUUCACCAGCACCCAGCUUUUGGAGCUGGAGAGGGAAUUCUCCUCCAACAUGUACCUGUCCCGGCUGCGGAGGAUCGAGAUAGCCACCUACCUCAACCUCUCCGAGAAGCAAGUGAAAAUCUGGUUCCAAAACAGGAGGGUGAAGCACAAGAAAGAAGGCAAAGGCGCCCAGCGAAACUCUCACGGGGGCUGCAAGUGCAGCACCAGCCAGGGGCAUUACCCCAGGUCGGAGGACGAAGAGUCUCUAUCCCCCUCAUCGGCUACCGAGGAUAAAGAGAUCUCCCCGUUAUGA